AUGAAGCAUAUAUUUUUUGCAUAUUUUUAUGUAAAUGCGCUGUUCAAAAAGAAAUCAUACAAUGAUAUACUGAAAUUAAAAUUGGGUUCCGUGAUGGAUUCAGAAUUUUUGAAGGAUCGGUGUCAAGACCUUGUGAUGUCUCUAAUGCCUUACAUGGUUGAACUUUCCAAGCCAAAAACUUUUGUUCCAUGUUCUGAUGAGAUUGCUGUUCUUGAUAAAAUGUCAGAAGAUCUACAGAUUGAAGCAAGUCUGUUGCUUUUGCUAGGUAAAGCUUAUUUGCUGACUCAGAAUCGUCGCGCAGCAUUCUGUUGUUUACAAGGAGCAGUUUAUAAAGAUGAAUCAUGUGUUGAAGCGUUUGAACUCAUUCAAAAAUAUAGGCUGUAUUCGAAACAACGAUUUGAGGAGCUGAUUGAAAAAUCUGGUGAUAGAAGUAGCAUUGUUGUAGCUCUUCGAAACUAUUAUUUCUUACAAGGAAACAAAAAUUUGAAGGUGGAUUCUUCGCUAAAGGAAGUUUUAAUGACAGAUUUAUCUAUUCGCACUGCACAAGCGGCUUAUUUAUAUCAGAGUGGCGAUCUUAUGGGAGUCUAUGAUAUCACGAGUGAAAUAUUAAAUGAGGCUGGCAUGUUUCAGGAUUGUUUAUUAAUACAUAUCGCAGCUUUGGUGCAGCUACAGAAGUUUGAAAUUCUUUUCAUGCUUGCUCAUCAACUAGUUGAUAGCCAGCCAGAUAAUGAAAUUUGUUGGUAUGCUGUUGGUUGUUAUUACUACUGCAUCAAACAGUUGGGAGCGGCGAAAAAUUUUUUCAACAAAUGCACAUCUAUGAAUAGCGCUUUUGGUGAAGGAUGGUUAGCGUACGGACAUGCAUUAACUGCAGAAUCAGAACAUGAACAAGCAAUGAAUUGUUACUUGAGAGCAUCGCGUGUAUUAGAAGGUAGUUUUGAACCACUAAUGUAUAUAGGUCUGGAAUAUGCUUAUGCGAAUAAUACAAAACUUGCUCAAGAUUUUCUAAAAGAUGCAGCAGAAAUAGCUGGAGAUAAUGCACUUGUGCUUCAUGAACAAGGCUGUAUAUACUAUAUGAAAAAGGAAUGGAAAAAUGCCGAGGCUUCUUUCACGAAGGCAUUGUUCUUAGCUUACAAUGAAACAGACGAGCAUGUUAAGCCAUGUGAUUUAUUACAUCGAUCGCUCAGCGAAUUUUGGGAACCACUGGUCAACAAUUUGGGACAUGUCAAAUGCAAAUUAGGAUUAUAUGCGGAGUCUAUAAAAUUUCACCAAAAAGCAUUGUUGUUGUGUCCAGAAAAGGUGGGUCCGAAUGCCGGACUUGCAAUUGCAGCAAGUCAUGCAGGAAAAAUUGAUCGAGCUGUUUAUUAUUUCCAUAAAGCGCUUGGAAUAGAUCCACAUAAUAAGGUUCUAGAUCAAGGACUUCAUCAACUUAUGCAGUUUUUAGGCACGCACAUGAACUUCUUAGCAAUGUGUAACAAAGUGUCAAUGAUGGCCAGCGGAUCAUCAGAAAAAUUUGUCGUGACGAGAGAGGAUUUAGAAGGAAAUGUGGAAGAAAAGCAAGCUCGAAUAAGAGCACUUGAUAUUUUGAGAAGCAGGCGUUCAAAACACGAUCCCGAAGACUUUGAAAGGUCAGAACCACGAAUGAAAACUGCACAUGAUAAUUCGAUUGAUGUUGAAAUGAUAUAG